GAGAUCUCACCGAUCUGGUGAAAAACUCUUUUUCCAAGAAUCUCUUGAUUUACCUUAUAGGGGUCGUGGUUUGCAAUUCUAUAAUCCCCCAUAUGGGGAUAUGAGGAAUAUAAACAUGAUGAACCUGAACUUACGCAUAUUGUAAUUUUAGUAACUCACUGGCAACUGCCUUGUUGUUUAGACGAUGUCUACGAUUUACAGCGACGGAGAGCUUCGAUUCUUUAGACUCGCAAAGGGUUUAGUAGAUCACUCGACUGUAGCAUUAAGAAAAGUGUUUAUACAAGAAUGGAACAGUCUUUAUCAAUCUACUCCGUGGCAAAAUAACUCAACAAGCGGUUCACAGUUAUUAGCAGAAGAGAGAGCAGAGUCACGGCUGUAUGAUCCGGCGUAUCGUAGGGACUACCAACACAUCAAGGACAACUUGUCGUGCGGGAACGUGGAAGAAUGGGAUGUUACCACGUUGGUGUUUGCUCUAAAGUACACACAAGCGCUAACCCAAAGUCGCUCCAGCCGCCGUGGAAGAAGAAUUCUUGACGCUAUUCAUCAACUUAAAGAAGUCAGAAAUUCGUUGAUNAAACAAAGUGGCAUCGCCUGUAAGCUCUUUAUAUUAACGCUAACCGAAACUCUCUCUUUGUUUAUUUUUCAAACGCUCAGGGUUUUAAUUCAUGCAAGGAUUAAGGUUCGCAAAGCACUGAUUUUACAUGACUUGGGCGAUGACGAUGAAGCCAUGAAAGAGGUGGACGAGGCAGAGAUGAUGCUGAGUCAAAGCGAGUGCCAGGAUGACGCUGCUGAGGUGGACAAUGCUAAAGCAAACAUAGUCCUGUCAAGCGGCCAAAAUAGAAAAAGAGAUCAGAAACAAAUUCUGUUUCGCUUGGAUAGAUGUAUCAAGUGCUGGGAAAAAGCUACAGUCGAUAAAAGUGCCUCCAUUGCACAAGCAACGCUUCGCGAAGCUCUUGUUUAUUUGGGUUUUUAUCAGCAUGGCAUCUUGGAAGACGUCGCAACAUCAGAUGUUGCCAUCGCUGAGACUGUCCUGAACCGCAUUUCUACGAUGACGUUGACGGAAAAAAGCAAAAUCUACUUCACCUACGCUCAAUCGUUGCUCGCGUAUCGCAAAGGCGAUACAGAUACAGCAACGAAACUUGAGCAGAAGGCCAGGAGAAAAUGCGAACUGCAUGACCUGUAUUUCCAGAUCCAACAACUUGACCUGCUUAGAUCCCUUAUAAGACCCCAGGCCGCACUGACUACUGGCUGUCACGGUCUAUUGUCCAUUCUCUUUCUAGUUUUACUUAGUGUUUCCAUAGCAUUAGUAAUCUUGCAGUAGGUUUUUAUACACUUGUCAUUAUGCACAGUUGAAGAUAGCUUUUUGAAGCCAGAACUCACUUUUGUGGAAGUACUGUAAUGUUAGAGAGUUCAAGCAAACCACAGUGGCAAGCAACCUCGUUCCCAGGGCUUCGCGAAACAAAAGCUUUCACAAGCAGAACAAUGGCUGUGCACGUGCGUUAUAAAUUUUGGUACAUCUGCAAAACAGCAACGUGAAAUUACCAAGUGGACCAAAUGCUGCAUAGUGUGAAGCGUACCACGGCUGCCAAUCUUUUAAUUCCUUUUUCAGAUAAACACCGUCUUUAGAUUAUCAGUUUUCACAGUAAUAAACAAACUGAAUGACUCGAUUGACGAGAGAUUCGACGUUGUCUGCGGUGUCGACAACGUGGUUGCUUACACUCCCCAAAUAAUCAUAUUGAUGGCAUGAAAUGAAUGGAUCAGUGACGUGUUUUGCUAGAGAGGAACUUCUUUCAGCUAGGCUGCAUCGCAGUGUUGUGUACACCGCCUUAGCGGGAGUUGAGCAUGCUAGCUUCUGCAGUCCACGAAAAUAGAUGUCAUAUGCAAGAAUUUGGCCAAUCAAAGUGGGUUGUGAUUGGCCUAAUUGUAGCCCACCAGAAUUUAUAAAUUCGGUAGCGCAGACGGACUAUAUCGACUUUUUUUGGCGUGACACGUCCGACAGUUGUAUGUGUUAUGAGACUUUUGAAAACUCCUUAUCAAUAUAUAUUAUUUUUCACAAAUGCUGGUUUCAUUUGUCCUUCGUCUAUAAUUACGCUUGUGGACGCUGUUUAAAAUGCUCUUUGUAACAUGAAUUUUCAACCAUUCAUUGUCCAGUUUGCUCCCUAGCGUUUGAAGCCAAAUACAGGGACUAGACUGUGCCCUUACUGCAAGACAAGACCUUCCAUGAAAAAAGAACCGUUUAGCGAUCUUGUUUUUAAGUUUUCGUUCUUUCAAAAACGUGACUGGGCUGACUUUGCACUAGAGAUAGCUACAAUAACGUUGCUAACUGUGUUUAAAAUCAUAGUAAACUCUUAGAUUAGAUUGGCUUGGAUUUUAUAUUGUUUUGUUUUUCUCUCUCUAUUGGUUUAACAGUUAGUGAGAUGCCCAAUUGGCUUUACCAACUUACCAAAGAUAAUGACCAUAAAACAACACAACUUCGACUUUUUAUGAAAUAGAAAAGGAAUUUAUUAGCUAAAGUUUCAUUGUUUUGGCUAGAAUCAUCUCCAAUGUCACUACUACCAAACUGCAUUAAAUACAGGCAAAAACAUUUUGGAAAUGCCCUGCCUGACAGUUAAUUUGCCAGUAAUUUAGACCAAAGACAUUUUAAUCUAUUCGACCCCUAAAAUAGAAAAAUGGAGUCCACGUUUCAGCUAGGGCAGGAAAUAUUAGAGUCAGUGUUAUGUUAUCUUUUGACAUGUCCCUUCAUAUUUCUGGAUGUCUUCUGCAAGGCAUAUUAUUUC